AUGAGCGUGGCGGACCGACUGCGAGCGUUCCGCUACGUCACGGGUGCCCGUGAGAUCCCGUGGACGCACCUGCGCAGCGUCGAUGUUGCGGCGCACCGGGUGCAGGAGCCGGAAUUGCAUAUGAUGAAGAACUUAAUUUCCCUUCUCUCCGAUUGCAGCCUCGUCGGUGCGACGUCACCCACCACAGGCACGACGGAUGUCUAUCAGCUUCUCAGUGUCAUGCAGCUUGCCCUGCAGUUCACCCUUUGGUCGCAGUCGGUCCUCAAGGAGGAGUUAGUGGAGAAGCAAAGCGGCGGCGUGGUGCAACGGAUCAACUCGCAGUACGUGGAGGGACUCGAAAAAAAAUUGGAGAGCUCCCGCCAAGAAGCCAUCACGCUGCGGGAGGAACGCGACAGUAUGCAGCUUGCCUCUCGAAGCCUCGAGCACCGCCUCACUCAGGCCGAGGCAACCAUAAGAUGCCUUGAAAAGGAUCUCGCGUUUGAGCGUCAGCGGCUGAAAGAGGCGAUGACCCUUUUUGCAACACGACCGCAAGAGGACCCGCAGCAACCGAGUAAGAAGAAGCUGCGUCAGCGGCAGCUGCAAGAACUCUUUGUGCCAACAUCGAAGACGAUGCCUAUUCCACAGCCCAGUCUUCCUUAUUACUCCCAACGCCACGCAGAUGAAGUUCCACAGGGCGGGCGGGAAGGUGUUUACACGCGUCCUCGUCAUCAAAACGAAAUUGACAAGGGGCCACAACGGCAAGAGUGCUCAUUCAUUAGUGACGGUGACGCUGUCAUCAAGUCGUUUUUUCGGGGCGAGGAGCCGAUGUGUGUGGGUCAGCAGCACCGCGGUGAUGAAUGUGCAACCUUGCUGCGUCAGUUACUGCAGUUGAGGCAAGAGGGCACUUGUUCCUCGCCGCUGCCCCCGGCCAACGAGCGUCCCAGAAGAGUGGGUGACGCAGAAACUCCUGCCAGUAUUUUGAAUGUUCUUCACGAUGAUAUAAAAGAGGCGCAAGCCCAAAUAGUGGCAACGAGCCAAGCAGCGUGUCGCUCCCUUGAAAGCGCCGUCGCAAGUAGCUUGCAGCGAACUGAAGCUAUGGUCCAGCGAGCCGAGCAGUGCAUGGAUACAUUUCGGACCGCGCUGUUGGAGUCUGGCGCAAAGACUAUGUCGGCCGCAGAAAACUCUUCGUUUUCUUCCUGA